UCAGUGUCUGGAGUUUCCAACCGAAGUUCAGUGAGAGGGAAAGCACAACUCUAGUGGGGCGGUGUCUGAACCGUGAGUGAGUGAGUGAGCGAGCGAGAGAGAGAGAGAGAGAGAGUGGAGAAGAGAAGUCGAGCAGGAUGCAGACCAUAAAGUGUGUGGUGGUGGGCGACGGCGCCGUGGGCAAGACGUGCCUGCUGAUCUCCUACACGACCAACGCCUUCCCGGAGGAAUACAUCCCCACCGUCUUCGACAACUACAGCGCCCAGAUGAGCGUAGACGGCCGCACGGUCAGCCUCAACCUUUGGGACACGGCUGGCCAAGAGGAGUAUGACCGUCUGCGCACGCUCUCCUACCCGCAGACCAACGUCUUCGUCAUCUGCUUCUCGAUCGGCAGCCCGUCGUCGCAUGCCAACGUGCGGCACAAGUGGCACCCGGAGGUGUCCCAUCACUGCCCCAGCGUGCCCGUGUUGCUCGUGGGCACCAAGAAGGAUCUGCGCCACGACCCGGACACCCUCUCCCGGCUGAAGGAGCAAGGCCUGGCGCCAACCACGCAGCAGCAAGGUGGCGCCCUGGCCAAGCAGAUCGGCGCCGUCAAGUACCUGGAAUGCUCGGCACUCAAACAGGAAGGCGUGCGGGAGGUGUUCGCCGAGGCUGUGAGAGCGGUCCUCUACCCCAACGUUAAGAAGAACAGCAAGAAGUGUGUGCUACUAUAGUUUUGUCAUAAGGAAAAGGAGGUGUUGCGGGGGACUUGGCCGGUGUGUGGGGGGGGGGGGGGGGGGGGGUGUUUGUAGGGAAAUCGGAGUACAAGUGGGUUUAUGGGAUGAGAAACGGCAGCAAGCAGUAGACCCUGUCUGUUGGAGGACUGAUGUGGAUUGAACAACACUGUGGUCCUGAAUACUGAAGACUUCAUUCAGAAAGCCCUGGCUUACCCCAUCCACCCCUCCCAAGUGACCCCUUUGGUCCUUCCACGUUUCUCGGCUUCUUUUUACCCUCAUCUUGCUGCACAGGACUACAUUUGAUUUUUGUAUUACCCUGUUGUACCCAUCAGUCUGUGUACUUCCCUGCUCUCUGCCUUGGCUGCUUCAUCAUUCUAUACCACUGGUUUGCUCUCUAACUUCUCAAAAGCUCAGCUGGUCCAGCUGGAGUAUCAGUGACUCGUUUAGCUCGUCUGGUCCAGUCUGAGUGGGUGUUUUGGUUUCUUUUUUGGCCACAGCAAAGCGCCUUCUCUGCACUCGUGUGGUUUGAGUCAUCAACCCCAAACACACCUUAGCUGGAGAGCCCUGUUGCAGGUAGAAUGACGAGUUGGAACAACGUGUUGUGGAGUCGCGAUGCUUGACCAGUAAGGAAAUAUUUCAAGACUGUGUUGGGUCCAGCCUUUUUGGCCUUCACUGAAGAUUGGAUUAGAUCGUGUGCUUUUGGACUGUCACUGAGUCUAGUCUUAGCUUAAAUCAGUACUGCCGGGACAGUCCCAGUGUAGUCAUGUUUGCCUUCAGAAAUGUGCCUGAACCACUUUGCUUCUUCUCUCUUUUGAACUUGUCCUUUGCAUACUGCAUCAAGCCUGCAUCCUGUGUGAUCUUCCAACUGAAGAACUUCCUUCAGGACUGCCUAUUUGUGCCUAUUGAAAUCAACACCAUCAGCGUGUGAAUCAUAAGGAAAAAAAAAAAUAUAUAUAAUUACAUAUCUCAGUGUCGUCGUCACGCCUUUCCCAUUGCCCAGGAAUGAGCCAUAUACGAAAACAGACUUGUCUGUUCACCAGCUUGGCCUGCCCUGAUGGCAGUGACCCCAAUAUGCUGCUUCCCUGUUCUGUGUUUCUCAUCAAGGGCACCUCUGUGUCCAGUCGUCAGAUUGGCUAAGGGCGGACUGAACGCGAAUACCAGGGACUGCCAGUUCGGAUCUUGUCAAGAAUUUUUGUGUUGUUUUGUAAUCAGGCUGAGAAGAUAAGUCAUGAUAAGCCUAAGUUUUUUUUUUUUGUGUUGUAGUUGUUCUUUUUGGAUUUUGACUUUUUGGUUUGCGUUAAACUGCUUAGCACUUGGGUCUUGUGAUAUAAAAAAAAAAAGGGGGCGGCUAGUUAAGUGCCUGACUCACAAAUCACCUGACGAAUCACCUCACACUCAGCCUGGUGCAAGCUAGGGGCCUGACAGCAUGCUAGCUAUCGACAUUCCAGUGCACAUGUGCUUUUCGGGCAUCCAAGCAGAUGCCUGCCUGAAAUUCCAAAAAGGUUUCUGUGACUUUAAGUGCUUUAAGAUUCAUUGAAAAAUCUAUUUUAUGCAUAUCUGGAGAUGAUCUAAUUAUGGCUAUAAAUUGACAAGUGUGUGUGUGUGAUUAGAUUGUAUUCCGUUAGUCUGUUAGAGGGUUAUCCUGAGUAUCUCAAACUGACACUCUUCUGAGUCGGUUUUGCCUAGAGGCUGAGGAGAUUUGUCACAAGACUGAAAUAAUGUGAUGGUUAUCCGUAAUGUUUAUGUUGGUAUUGGUGCAGUCCAGUUUGUGCCAUUUGGAGCAUUUAGAAAAUCAUAUCCUGUUUGCUCUCACAGGGAUGUGAGAGCAACUUUUAACGUUUGUUUAACGUGUGUGUGUGUGUGUGUGUGUGUGUGUGUGUGUGUGUCUUUGUGGCAUUGUGAUGUGUAUCUGCAUGUGUCUAAUUGUAGACAGAGUGUGCAUUUCUUAGUGUGUGUGUGUGUGUGACAACAGCUUGUGUGGUAGAUUCUGCAGAAACAGAAUUGCACGACUUGCUUAAAGACCCCAGCAGUGACGGCUGAUGGCCUAUCACUUUUAAUAAGCCUGUGUCUGUCUGUGUGUGUGUGUGUGUCCUCUGCAGCUUGUCCUUGUCUGCUGCCUCUUUGUUGGCGGGCUGCCUUUGGCGGCCACAACAGCAGCCCAUCAGAUGGCCGAGUGCACGCACCCGAUCCCUUCAGUGCAGAUCACAGGGACGAUAAAUGCUGGUCUGCCGUGUGAAAUGCUCUCCUCCUCCUCCUCCUCCUCUCCAUCCUCCCCUAGGCAUCCUCACUGACAACCAGUUUCUGCACACAUCAAGCAGAGCUGUUAGACACUCACUGACAAAGGUCUUUCCAUUUGAGUUUUGUUUUAUUUUAUUUUAUUUUAUUUUAUUUUAUUAAUUUUUUUGGUAGGAAGAUGCAUUAUUUUAUUUUUUUUGUAAGAAGGAUAGAUGUCAUGAUUAAUAUUUGCGGAGUGUUCCUCAGCGUGACUUCAUGUAGUGGACGAGGGUACCGUUCCACUGACCGAAAUGGAAGCAUUGUUUUGUUAACGCGCCCUGACUGCAGUCUUGUUUCCUCCUAUUGUCAGGAGACGUCUGUCUGGCAAUUGUUUCAGAAAGACAAUGCGGUUUCACUGGCAAGUCGUCAAAAUGUUGACCAUUCCAAAGGUGAAUUUGUAUGCAGGCGAGUCAUAGCUUUUAGUAGCAUUGUGUUUUUAGAGACCUUUUUAUUGCAACCUGUAUUUUGAGGAGUCUGCUUUUAAACAUCUGUGCAGUUUGGACACAGAGGUCUAGACUUAACCAGACCUCUGUUGGGUGUGACUGCAUACUUGUCAUUUUUUUUAUGUUCAUCUCUGGCAUAGGUUGUUUUUAGUUUUUUUUAAGAUUUGCUCUUGACCAAAGAGCCCCAUUGGAGGCUGUAGGAAAACCGUAUCCCAAAGACGGCUGACCUCUGCUAUUUAGUGAGCAGAGUGGCCAGAGGGGGCUUAGAGAGUGAGGCACAGCUGUGCAGUCACGCCACCACCUCAGAGACAUGACGGCCUCGCCCAAAGACCUGACACUUUUAGUGGUGAGAGGGAGCGAGUGUGUGUGUGUGAGUGUGAGUGUGCGUGCGUGUGUGUGUGUGCGUGGCAAAGCUUAAAUGCAAACGUCACGGCUACCAGGUGCAAGCCACUUAAUCUCCACUUUGGCCAAAGAUUUUCUUCUUAAACUCCAGCAGUGAAGUUGUGUGUGUGUGUGUGUGUGUGAGCAAAAGAAAACUAGCUAAGAUGCCUGAGAUUUGUACAGAUAUAUGUCUAGCAAUAAAAUCAUUAGAUUUUAGCUUGAGG